GCAGCAGGCACGGCAGCAAGAGUUCUCCAAUCUCCAAUCCUCCUUAUCCAUACCGGUAGCAGCUGGGCAGUGGCCUGGUACAUGUCAUCCCAUAUAUUGUAUAUAUUAUGAUUGGAGAUAAAGGACUUUGAAGAAGAAGCAAAAUGUCAGGUGAGGAUGCAGUGGUGGCAGCUGAGACUCCUGCUCCAGCUCCAGCUCCAGCUCUUGGUGAGCCUAUGGACAUUAUGACAGCCCUGCAGCUUGUGUUGAGGAAAUCCUUGGCCCAUGGUGGGGUUGCUCGAGGUCUUCAUGAAGGUGCAAAGGUGAUUGAGAAGCAUGCUGCACAGCUUUGUGUGCUGGCAGAGGACUGCAACCAGCCAGAUUACGUCAAACUUGUGAAAGCACUUUGUGCAGACCACAACGUGAGCUUGAUAACAGUUCCAAGUGCUAAAACUCUUGGCGAGUGGUCUGGUUUGUGCAAGAUUGAUUCGGAGGGGAAGGCGAGGAAAGUUGUGGGUUGCUCGUGCGUUGUUGUGAAGGAUUAUGGGGAGGAAACGGAAGGUCUCCAUAUUGUUCAGGAGUAUAUCAAAUCCCAUUGAGUGGCCAGAACCAACCCUAGCCUUGCCUCCUCUGACUACUUGUUGGUCUUUUUGGAGUGGGAGGGGAGUCUCUUUAGGAAACAUUUUCAUGACCUGAGCACAAACAUUUCUACCAAGUCAAAAAUUUUUUUGCUUGCUUUUCUUGAAUUCGCAGUUUUUGUGUUUUAUUUUUUUAAGGUAUGUGUAAUUUUGUUCGGCAGUCUGAAUUCUAGUUGAACAUUGUUUGGCAUUAUUGAUAGUUUCAAAACCUUAAUUCAGCAGGGUUUGGUUUUUAGAGCUUAAAA